AGCAUAGCACCUGAACAAGAGACAUUCCAUAAAUGUUGUGGAACUAAGCUGAACUUUAAUUAAAGAGACCUCAUGGACCAUGUCUCCCUGAUCCGACUCCUAGGAGAUGGCAGACCCACAGUGACCUCUCCACUGCUCACAGCUGCUCUUUGUGGAAGGGGAUUCUUCGGUGGAAGGAAUGCUAAGAGGGGCUGGUUUCUGCAAGUGGAGAGCAAAACAGACGCAGAAAUAAGAGGCCAAGGGCUCCUUGGGUGCCGAUGACCAUGGGAUCUCUGUGGCUGUUCAGAACUCCUUUCCUAUGUAGCCUGCUCUGGGCCUUUUGCACCCCAGGUGCCAGGGCUGAGGAGCCUGGGGCCAGCUUCUCACAUCCUGGCAGCGCAGGCCUGGAUAGGAACACCGUGCACGACCAAGAGCAUAUCCUGGAGCAUCUAGAAGGUGUCAUCAACAAACCAGAGGCGGAGAUGUCUCCACAAGAACUGCAGCUCCAUUAUUUCAAAAUGCACGAUUAUGAUGGCAAUAAUUUACUUGACGGCUUAGAACUCUCCACAGCCAUCACUCAUGCCCAUAAGGAAGGGAGUGACCAGACACUACCAAUGAAAGAAGAAGAUCUGAUUAACUUAAUAGAUGGUGUUUUGAGAGAUGAUGAUAAGAACAAUGAUGGAUACAUUGACUAUGCUGAAUUUGCAAAAUCACUGCAGUAGAUGCUGUUUGGUUUCCUCAUAGUCAUAUGCAAACGUGACCUGAUAUAAUGUGAACUUUUAGUAAUGCGGAAUAAUUUAUUGCUGCAGUAUUUUGGUAAAAACCUGUAGCACAUGUUACACUGGGGUGAGAAACAGAAAUCAAGAGAAAUAGAAGAGGAAUGGGACACAUGGUAAUCCCUGCGUAUUGCUAAACCUCUUACUGGACAAGGGUCUGAUUAAAGAAUCCUUUUAGGAAUAUUGGAUAAUUGGAGCUGAGUCCUCAGGAACUUGAAUUUGACUGUAGAAUAUUGCUAGUCUCUCGGUAUUAAUUUAUGCUACCUGAAAAGGAAGACCACAAGCUCUGCCAAGUGGACAUACUUUUCACAAACAGAAGGAAUGGAGUGAAUGCCAAAUGUCUCCUUGUUACUUCUCUUCAGGUAAAUGUGGUCAGUAUUCUGGAAGGUCGCUGGCCUUAAGGAUUUCUUGCUCUGCACAAGUGGAUAUUUAUAAGGCUGUUUCAAAGCUACAACAUAAGAAUGUCAAGUGUUGAGUUUAGUUGACCACUGAGUCCAAGAUUUUGAAUCCUCUGGCAUUUUGAGAAUGAUAUACCACUGGCCUAAGUAACAUUUUUCAGUUUUUCAAUGUUUUAUGAAACUACUGCCACAUGCUUAUACUUUAUCUCUUCAACUUGGGAGAGACCUUGAAUUUAAAAGUGUUCUCUACUCUAAUCAAUAGCAAAUGUUCUAGCUUUCUUAAUAUUUCUAUUUAACUCUUUUUUUCUAGCAUUUUAUUUUUGCCAUUUAGAAUGUAAAGAUUUUACUCUUUCUUCUUGAUAUGAUGGGGGUAAAACUACCAGCUGGUCCAGCACAAGUGAGAAGUAAAAAAGAUCUUUCACCAAACACAAUGAUUAACCUGAUACAAGUUAUAUUUCAAAAGGAAUGUUGUUUAAAUGACCUCUCCUAGCCUGAUUACAUGAAUUCUUCAGACCAGUAAAAUUAGAAAAAGAGGCUUAACAACGUAAAUCUCAAUAGGAGUCAAACAUUAGAAGCAGCAGAUUGUAAUUUGGUUUAUUGGAUAUGAUGGACAUGCUGUAACAGAAACCUGAAAUGAUAGUUGACUGAAUGGGAUUGCAUAAAAUUUGCUGUAAGAUAUAUAAAGACUUAUUUUCUUUAUUAAAUUAUUCUUAUAAGAAAACAUGUAUUUGUAAAAAUGGUUUCCUGUGUCACAUAUUUGUGCAAUCAGAGCUGAAUUGUAAGCUAUUCUUGUAAUAUCUAGUUAUUUUGAAAGAUUUGUAUAAUGAAUUCAGAUAUAUGGACCAAUAAAACUGAUGAAAC